UUGACCAGAUACCCGUCAGCAGUACAUUAACAGUCAGCAACAUACAGAUUCGACCUUACCGACACAACCUCAGCAGCACGAACAUGAACGCAAAGAUGGUAAUUUUCGUCGGACUGAUGUGCCUGUUUCUGGCAACUGACGUCACCGCCUACUUCUGCCAUUGGUGCAACGAAGAUCUAAGGAUAUGUAAACGCUCCUGUCGUGGAAUUCGUGGAAGUCGUGGUAGAGGGCGCAACCACCAACACAGCUCAACGUCUAGGUGUCACCUUCCUUGUUAUCAGGAGGCUGUUUACUGUCUCAACACAUGCGACCAGGACAUCCCCUUCGCCAUGUCACAGCUAGAUGCAGAUGAUAAGAAAACAGCCUCAUCCCUCCAAAUGAAAGCAAAAGAUCGAUCAGGAUAAUCUUCAUGAACUUUAGAUUGGCCAUCACAAUCAUUCCUAUUUUCUUUAGUGUUUGAAAGAUUCAAAUUUUCAAAAUAAAAUAAAAUUACAAUAAUAACAGCUCA